AGCCCGGGCAGCGGGGUGCGCUGCUGACACUGGUGGCGAGGCGCAGCGCGGCUAGAGGCGCACACGCUCCCAGCCACGUAAGUAGCAAUUCGUACGUGGUGGCGAGAGGAUGCCUCGCUGAAAGGGAUCGGCCCGGCCAUCCCUUUCCUCCCCCUUCUUCUGCCUCUUAGGAAAGAAAAGCAGAUCCGCUUCUUGCAAUAGAUACCGUUUUGAUUUUUUUUUUCCUUGGGGGAAGUGAUUGCAGCCUUCUCCUCCCCCCCACCCCCCCAUCUAUGUUCCCAGAUCUGGCAGAAGGAAGCAUCCAGGUGUCUUGGUUUUGCUGUUCCCCCCUCCUGCGUUCUUCUUCCUAUUCUUAUUUUUGCCGGAUGGGCCAAUUGUACUAAAAAAAUAAAAUAAAGCCUCGGAGAGCGAGCAAACCCCCGCCGUGCAAUGGAAACCGGACCCCAUUGAUCCCUCCUUGUCCUCGCUUGCACUUUUUGUUCGGUUCCAGCACCCCCCCUCCAUCUCUCCUUGUGCAAAGUUGAAUUAAUUAUUAUUUUUUUUUUUAUUCUGUAAUCGAUUUGACUGGGGGCGAAAACCCGGCUUUUGUGCAAGUCUCUCCGAGCCGAUCCUGCCUCUUCUUUUGUCGGCGCCGCUGCUGACUGCUCUGUAAGUUAAAUGCUCCCUCGUUAUUUUGUGUUGCAUAUCAGGCGAGCCCUCCGUGGCAGAGAGCAGCUCCAGACGCCAUCUACAGUUAAAACGUAGGCAACUCGGGACGUUAUUAUUACUAUUUUUUUUUUUUUUGCCUCGUAUUAAAGAGAGAGGGGACGAGCCAGUCCUGUGCGCAUCCAGUGUUUUUUUUCUUUCUCGGGGGAGGGUUGAUCGCUUCGCCCCCGUGGAGCCGGCGGCCGCAUCGCUCCGGGGGGCCCGAGCCUCGGCGAGUAGUUACUUUGUUGCACUUGGCUCCAGCCGAGCCCCGAGAGGAAACAAAAGGACCCGCGGCUGCAUCCUGUGCCCCGGCUCGCCUGGGCUGCGGUCCCCGGCCCCCGCCCCCCGUGGUCGCCGCACAAAGGCUGGGCUUUGCCGUCGGACCGGAGCCGGCUCUCUCCAUCCUCAUGAACAUACAAAGGUCCACCCCUAUCUCCAUAGCGCGGUAUGGGCGACCUCGGAGUAAAACCCAGGAUUUCGAAGAGCUCUCGUCGCUGAGAUCCGUCGAGCCGAGCCAGAGCUUCAGCCCCAACCUCGGCUCCCCGAGCCCGCCAGAGACUCCCAACUUGUCGCAUUGCGUUUCUUGCAUCGGGAAAUACUUAUUGUUGGAGCCUCUGGAGGGAGACCACGUUUUCCGAGCCGUGCAUCUGCACAGCGGAGAGGAGCUGGUUUGCAAGGUGUUUGAUAUUGGCUGCUACCAGGAGUUACUGGCGCCAUGUUUUUGUCUACCUGCACACAAAAAUAUCAACCAAAUUACUGAAAUAAUUCUUGGGGAGACAAAAGCUUACGUGUUCUUUGAGAGGAGCUAUGGAGACAUGCACUCUUUUGUUCGCACCUGCAAGAAGCUUAAAGAAGAGGAAGCAGCCAAACUGUUCUAUCAGAUUGCUUCUGCUGUUGCACAUUGUCACGACGGUGGACUGGUAUUGAGAGACCUCAAACUGCGGAAAUUUAUAUUCAAGGAUGAAGACAGGACUAGAGUGAAAUUGGAAAGCCUGGAAGAUGCUUAUAUUUUAAGGGGAAAUGACGACUCUCUCUCUGAUAAGCAUGGAUGUCCGGCAUAUGUGAGUCCAGAGAUCUUGAAUACGAACGGCAGCUACUCUGGCAAGGCAGCAGACGUUUGGAGUCUAGGAGUCAUGCUUUACACGAUGUUAGUUGGACGCUAUCCUUUCCAUGACAUUGAGCCUAGUUCUCUCUUCAGCAAGAUUCGUCGUGGGCAGUUUAACAUUCCAGAGACUCUAUCCCCCAAGGCAAAAUGCCUUAUACGUAGCAUACUGCGUCGGGAGCCAUCAGAAAGGCUGACUUCACAAGAAAUUCUGGACCAUCCUUGGUUUUCUACAGAUUUUAAUGUAUCUAAUUCAGGAUACGGUGCUAAGGAAGUAUCGGAUCAGCUGGUGCCUGAUGUCAACAUGGAAGAAGAUUUGGACCCAUUUUUCAACUGAGCACAAAGACUGGUGUUCAGAAGGUACAUGACCUAGAGAUGGACACAUGAAGGAGUCCUUCCUGACCAUGUUAAAUCACAUCCUGCAUCAGCCUAGCUUGGUAGCAAAAGACACUUGGAGUUCCUUGGUUUGAGAAGGAAUCUCCACCAGGAGCUAAUAUAACAAAUGUAG